UGAGUGAGGCUAUUUCUCUCCAUCCCGAGCAGAAACCUCUGUGCUAUUCUUACACAGCUGCAACGUUGCUCCAGCUGCUGUUCUCAAAGGGGACGGACAACAAACCGGUGCUUUUCUGCGUGGCGUGUCAUUCAGAGACUUGCCCGUCAAGCCUAGUGGGACAUCCCGACCAUGGAGGACACUCUCACCUGUACUCCCACCACCUUUUCCCAGGUCUUCGGCCGCCAAGGACAGCUGAUGCAAGCUACUGUGCAAUCUCUGAACAGCCUGAAUGAUCAGAUCGCUCACUUUAUGGUGAACAGACCGAACGCCAUGAGCCAUGAAGAGGACACCUUUCUGCCCACCGAGAGGGAUACUUUGAGCCAAUCCAUGGCUCUAAUGAGACACCUGCUCAUGGACGCACAGGGCAAAAUCCUGAAAAUGAUGGAAGACAACAAGCAGCUGGCUCAGCGGAUCGAUGGGGCCAUCCAGUCGGCCAGCCAGGAGGUGACCAACCUGCGCUCCGAGCUCUCCGCAACCAGCCGCAGACUGGCCGAGUUGGGGGCGUGCAACCCUGCCGGCCUGGAGAACAACCAGCAGAACCACCAUCACCACCUCCACGAUCCUUCGCUCCACCACCGGCAGAAGGCAGUGGUUUCUGAUAUCACUUUCCAGACAGGCAUGUCGAGCUUGAUGGACUUUGGAGCUCCAGAUUCUUCACUUGACAAAGUGUUGCUGAGGGAGGAGGUGGCUCAGUUGCAGGAGGAGGUGCACCUCCUCAGGCAGAUGAAGGACAUGUUGAGUAAAGACCUGGAGGACUCGCACGGCGGCUGCUCGGCCGACACGCUCUCCGCCGCUGAGCUCAAGGUGCAGCUGGGGGAGAAGGAGCAGGAGCUGGAACGUGCCAAGGAGGCCUUACAAGCUAUGAAGGGUGAUCGGAAGCGAUUGAAGGCAGAAAAGGCUGACCUGGUGAACCAGAUGCAGCAGCUGUACACCACACUGGAGAGCCGAGAAGAGCAGCUCCGAGACUUCAUCAGAAACUAUGACCAGCACAGAAAGGAGAGUGAGGAUGCGGUAAAGGCUCUGGCUAAAGAGAAGGACAUGCUGGAGAGAGAGAAAUGGGACUUGCGCCGGCAGACCAAAGAGGCCACAGAACAAGCCAGCGUCCUGCGCUCCCAGAUAGACAUGAAGGAGAACAGAAUCAAAGAGCUGGAGGCAGAGCUCACUAUGGCAAAGCAGUCUCUGGCCACCCUCACUAAAGACGUGCCAAAGCGUCACUCUCUGGCGAUGCCAUCGGAGCCGGUGGUGAACGGCAGUCAGGAGUGGGUGAUGCAAGCAGACCUUCCCCUCACUGCAGCAAUCAGACAGAGUCAACAGACGCUGUACCAUUCGCACCCCGCGGACAGGCAAGCUGCUUUGAGGAUCAGCCCCUGUCACUCCCGCCAGCCCUCCAUCAUCUCUGACGCCUCGGCUGCCGACGGCGACCGCUCAUCCACCCCGAGCGACAUCAACUCGCCCCGCCACAGGACUCACUCCCUCUGCAAUUCCAUGGAGGACCUCGAGGACCAGAAGCGUAAGAAGAAGAAGGAGAAGAUGAGUCUCGGCUCACUUUCUCGAGUGUUUGCCCGGGGAAAAUCGCAACGCAAGUCCUUGGAUCCGGGCCUGUUUGAUGACUCAGACAGUCUCUCCAGCCAGAACCAUCCCAGCCUAUCAGACGGCGAGGAGCAGCUGGAGCGGCUACAGCAGGCGGAGCUUACGCGCAGCAAGCCCAUGUCUCUGUGGAAGGCGGUCACUGUGCAGGCCUGGUUGGAGGUUGUCAUGGCAAUGCCCAUGUACAUGCGUGCCUGUUCAGAGAAUGUCAAGAGUGGAAAGGUGUUGCUGGGGUUGACCGAUGAGGAUCUGGAGCUGGGUUUGGGCAUCAACAGCACAAUGCACCGCAGGAAGCUCCGUCUAGCUAUUGAGGACUACAGAGAAGCAGAGAAUGGACGGGGACUUUCCAAAGCUGCUGAUAUGGAUCAUCACUGGGUGUCUAAGACCUGGCUGAGUGAUGUCGGGCUUCCCCAGUACUCACAGGUCUUCCACAACCAGUUGGUGGAUGGCAGAGUACUGAACUCUAUCACACGGAGAGACCUGGAGGCCAUAUUUAACGUCACCAACAAGUUCCAUGUUACCAGCAUUCUGUCAGCCAUUCAGCUUCUGCAAAUGCUCAACUUUGACAAAGAGAAUAUACAGGCACGUCGUGCUCAGUGUGAAAAUCGAGAUCUGGAUCCGGUGGUCUGGACCAGCCACCGUGUCAUUAAAUGGAUCAGGGACAUUGAUCUUAAGGAAUAUGCUGACAGCCUUCAGAACAGUGGCAUCCACGGUGCAGUGAUGGUUCUAGAUCCGACCUUCAGUGCAGACACCAUGGCCAAGGCUCUAGACAUCCCCAGCAAUAAACACAUGAUCCAUCGUCAUCUAUACGAGGAAAUGAAAGUGCUUCUCAACCCUGCAAGAACUAACCAGGCUCAGGACUACAGGAAAGAGGGUACUCCGACACAUUCUCCUGUCUCAAAUUGCCGCAAAACUGAGGAAGGAUUUUCUCCCAGGCAAAAAGUUGGCAAGAGCCCUUUGAGAUUCAAUCCACUGGUCACUGUUGGGAGAGACUUGACUUUUCAAGGCGGCUGUGGAUCACCACCCAGAGAAGAUCGCAUCAAGAUCCUGCAGAGGACCAAGGGCAGUCCCAUGCACGGUUACUCGAGCAUAGAGAUUACUAAUGUCUGAGGGCAACGGUCUGUGUUUGCCUUGGAUGAACCAGGAACGAUGAGCCUCCUCGAACCUCUAAAUGGACCAAAUAAGCUCAAUUAUUUGUAAAAGAGAUUUGAGAAUUGACCAUUUGCACUUUAGAGAAUUUUGUAUUGGCAACAAAUCACAACUAAGCACUUAAUUAAAAUUUUAUAGACAUGCUGCAUUAAAAAAGCAAAUAUUUUGUUACUAACAUAAUACAUAGAUGAACUUGUCCUGAUUCCCGUAAAAUUCCAGUCAGAACUGUAGCUAUGCAGCUAAAAUCAAUACCACAUGUUCAGAUGUCCAUUCCCUACAUCAAGGUCAUCACAACACUGUGCUUGUUUAAAGUUACGGGAAAUGCUGGAACGAGGAAUAGCGCUGUGAAUUUAUUGUGAAAAUACUUUGAAUGCCACAAUGAAUAUUUUCUUUGUUUUAAUACAUCUGUUGACAUCUGCUAAGAUGUUUGUGUUUUCAGAGUCUCAUUUGCAUAUAAAAUUAAAAGCAACCACCACUUUAGUAGCAAUGUAGUGUGGGUAAUAGAUUAGUCUCAUAAGGAUUACUCCAGUUUAAUUGAAAUGAGUUUUCCCGCAUAAUAUAUAUAUAUAUAAAAAAAAAUCUUUUGGGGAAUUAAAGAAAGAAAACUUUUUUCUCUUUUAUUCCCUGUUUGUGAUUUUUAACAUCUCUGUCUUACCAUGCAUGCAGUUCAAUUUGUUCAAUGGAAUAUAUUUGUAUAUAAAUGCAUUGUAUAGUGACUAUCAAUCACAAUAAGGAAAUGAAAGCGUGAUCUGGUUGGAAAGUCUUUAAUCUUUUUUUUACGGAGUCAGAGAAUUAUUUUCUGUCAUAAGCAGUGUUCCUAGAAGAGUGUAUGAAAAGGUAAAAUGCAGUAUGCAAUCUACAAGCCAAUGAAGCACAUGCACUGCACAUGCUACAGCUGUGUUAUCCCACUUGGAGCCACGGGGCAAGGAGAGCAAAACAAGUUUAGCAGCUCAGCGUGCUAAACAGCCCCUGUCAUUGGGUCCACACAGAUUAGAUGACACGAAUCGAUUAAUGACUGUGUUUCAUAAAUUCAACCAAUCACUAUUUUCAGAUCUUGUUCAAGAUCUGGUUAGGAAUGGCAACUAUGAAUCACCGAUUUCCUGCUGGGUUUGACUCAGAUUGUCUACUGAUAGACAGUUUGUCGUCAAUUGCACAGCAUACCAGCGCUAGGAGAUGCACAGCUCAAGAAUAUAUCAGUAAUGGUGCAUUUUUAAGGUGGGUUUUGCAAUCACUAAUCAUUUUAUAUCACUGUAUCUUGUGGCAUUAGUGAAACUGUAAUUUUGAGAAACAUUUGUAUAUAGAUUCAUACCAUGUGUCAUUGACACAAUAAUCUGUAUAGAAAAAUAAAGCUCUACAUAUAUGUA